GUACAGGCCAUGCCACUGAAACACUAUCUCCUUUUGUUGGUGGGCUGCCAAGUCUGGGGUGCUGGGUUGGCCUAUUAUGGCUGCCCUAGCGAGUGUACCUGCUCCAGGGCCUCCCAGGUGGAGUGCACGGGGGCACGAAUUGUGGUGGUGCCCACCCCUCUGCCCUGGAAUGCCAUGAGCCUGCAGAUCCUCAACACACACAUCACCGAACUCAACGAGUCCCCAUUCCUCAACAUCUCGGCCCUUAUUGCCCUGAGGAUUGAGAAGAAUGAGCUGUCCCAAAUCAUGCCUGGUGCCUUCCGCAACCUGGGCUCACUGCGUUACCUCAGCUUAGCCAAUAACAAGCUUCAGGUUCUGCCUAUCGACCUCUUCCAGGGCCUGGACAAUCUUGAGUCGCUCCUCCUGUCCAGCAACCAGCUGGCGCAGAUCCAGCCGGCACACUUCACCCAUUUCAGCAACCUCAAGGAGCUGCAGUUGCAUGGCAACUACUUGGAACACAUCCCUGACGGCGUCUUCGACCACCUGGUGGUCCUUAACAAGCUCAAUCUAUGUAAGAAUAGCCUUACCCAACUCUCGCCCAGGGUCUUCCAGCGCCUGGGAAACCUCCAGGUCCUCCGGCUGUGUGAGAACAGGCUCUCAGACAUCCCCGUAGGCACUUUUGAUGGGCUGAACAACCUUCAGGAACUGGCCCUGCAGCAGAACCAGAUUGGUGUACUCUCCCCUGGCCUCUUCCACAACAACCGUAACCUCCAGAAUCUCUAUCUGUCCAACAACCACAUCUCCCACCUGCCCAUCGGUAUCUUCAUGCAGCUCCCCCAGCUCAACCGUCUCACCCUCUUUGGGAAUUCCCUGAAGGAACUCUCUCCAGGGAUCUUUGGGCCCAUGCACAACCUUCGAGAGCUUUGGCUCUAUGACAACCACCUCACUUCUCUACCUGACAAUAUCUUCAGCAACCUCCGCCAGUUGCAGGUCCUGAUCCUCAGUCGCAACCAGAUCAGCAACAUCUCCCCCGGUGCCUUCAACGGGCUGACAGAGCUGCGGGAGCUGUCCCUCCACACCAAUGGGCUGCAGGAGCUGGACGAGAAUGUCUUCCGCAUGUUGACCAACCUGCAGAACAUCUCCCUGCAGAACAACCGCCUCAGACAGCUUCCAGGGAAUAUCUUUGCUAAUGUCAAUGGCCUCAUGACCAUUCAGCUGCAGAACAACCAGCUAGAGAACCUGCCGUUGGGCAUCUUUGAUCGCCUGGGGAACCUAUGUGAGCUUCACCUCUAUGACAAUCCCUGGAGGUGUGACUCAGACAUCCUUCCACUACGCAACUGGCUCUUGCUCAGCAAAUCCAGGUUGGGGACAGACACCCUCCCGGUGUGUUUCAGCCCAGCCAGUGUCCGAGGCCAGUCCCUCAUCAUUGUCAACAUCAACACCAUUGUCCCCAGUGCCCAGGUUCCAGUGACCCCCAAGGUGCCCAGCUACCCGGAAACACCACAGUACCCAAGUACACCCAGCUAUACUGAAUCCACCUCCAUCGCUUCCACUACUCAGUUCAUUAGACCUACGGAAGACUUCACUGAUCUGACCACCAUUAAGAUCACUGAGGACCGCAGUGUGGUGACCAGGGCCCAGAGUGGGCUGGCCAUUGCUGCCAUUGUCAUUGGUAUCAUUGCCUUGGCCUGUUCCCUAGCUGCCUGCAUCUGCUGUUGCUGCUGUAAGGAGAGGAGCCAGGCGGUCCUGAUGCAGAUGAAGGCACCCAAUGAGUGUUAAAGAGGCAGGCUGGAAGCAGGGCUAGGGAAUGGUGGAACUGCUGGAGGUACUGGGAAUUUCAUCUUUCGAUCCUUGCCCGUGGGUCCACGGAGCCAUCCCCUGCUCCCUCUCUCUGGUUCCUGAGAGGAAGGGAUCCCCAUCUUUUCCUGACCUGCUCUUGCAGGACCUUCUCACCACCAGAGAGAUCUAGCCCUGCAAGGUUUCCAAUUCACAUCCCUGGGCUUCCUAGAAAAAAAGCCCUUCCUCUAAAGCCUCACCAGCAAUCCUCUGAGAACAACCUUCCUUGUGCCCGCACCCCUACUGGCUUCUACAGAUUUAUUCAUUACAUGCCUGCUCACUUUGUGGAAAUAGUUCUCCACUGGGACAGCCUCUCUCCCAACUAUUCUGUAAGUUGAUUUCCCUUCUUUGGCUCUUCUUGUUUGUGGCAUGGCUCUACCCUGUCACUACUAAUGAAGUUCUCCUUUGAUUGUCUGCUCCUGAAAGAAGGCUUCAAGCCAUUUAGCUGGUUUCUUAAGAACUGCCAAGCACCCUGGCUCUCAGGAUGCUGUGAAAGAGAGAGGAAGAGGCUGCUGCUCAGUUUCUGGAGACAGAGCCAUCAUCAGCAUCUCUCAUGCUUUUUAUCUGGAAAAGGAGGAAAGGCACCAGUGCAACCAGUUCAGCCUUUUAGGGAAUGAUGUUUCCAAGCUGCAAACUUUGCUUUUAAGUUUUUAGUCCUUUAAGGAAUAAAAUCAUGUAGAAUUUAUGACCCCUAAAAAAUGCUAAAAUCAGCUUAUUGGUACUGGGCAGAGAAAGCAGCCUGGUACCUGUGGGUACCUGUAUCUACUCCUGGGAUUUUUCUUUUUUAAUUGUCUAUUGAAGGAUAACAUGAAUACAGAAAAGUG